CACAAACACACCCACUCAUGUUAUUGGCGCGUAUAGCGGACUGGAGCGAACUUAUAUACGCUGAAAAUAAUAUUUAUUCAAAUCUAUCUCUGAAUUAUUGGUUAUAUAAACAGUAAGACAGGAUGCAUGCUCAGAUAAAUGCGUCAGUAUAAGGAAUAUAGCUUAAUAAUCAUUCACGAGACUGGACAGGGCUCUGACAGCAUGCACGCGCAUCGUCCUUUUUGCUGAUAAUGCAUGUGUUGAUAUAGAAAACAAAUAGGUUACGUUUUAAACAACAGUAUUUCUCCACGUAAUUCAGUCAAAACACAACUUUAUAUCCGUAAAAAUGAUGAAAAGCGUAGGAAAGCUGUUUGGGUUAAGGCGCAAAUGCGCGCCCUCACAGUCUCGCAUUGAAAGAAAAAAGACUCGCGUGAAUCCCAUUGAUAACAUGUUGGAUGACAGCGACGAGGGAUCGUUCGGCAGCACUACGAGCGUCAGUUCAGAUAGCGAAUACCAGAACUCCGAAGACGAAUCGGGAGGCUCCGACAGCUCUUACCGAGCACGGGAGAGUGACGGGGAGGACAGCAGCGAGACGGACGAGAAAUGCACCGCGUCUCGGAAACAGAGGAAAAGACCCGCGAGCGCGACAGCUCUAGAUGACGACUCGAGCGAUUCCUCAAGCGACGUCGGUGGAGAGCCGCUCCGAAGAGUGCUGCAGAGAAAACGGCUCAGACUGCCGGAGGAUUCAGAGGACGAGGCUCUGAUGGAGAAGAAAAGAAAGGCUGAAGUUAAAGCUGCUGCUGCAAAGAGACGAGAGAGAAGGAAUAAACUUGUGGAGUUGUCAAAGAAACGAAAGUCUGGUGCCCCACGUCGCAGGCGCAGGACGUUGGGUUCUGAAGAAGAGGAGACAGAGGAGGUUAAGGAGGACAAAGUAGAGGAGAAAAGUAAAUCGGAUGAUUCUGAGGAUGAAUCCAGUUUUAAAGAGAAUGGCAGUCCUUUAAAUAGCAGCGAGGAGGAAAAGCUUGCUGAUAGUGGCAGCCUUAAGGAUUUUAUUGUUGAGGAAGAUGAGCAGAAAAAGGAUGACAAGCAGGAGGAAGAGGCUAAAGAUAUGGCGUUUCUCUCUCAUCUUCCACGCCAGUUUAUCACCGGAUCACAGCUCACCCACUUUCAGGUGGUGGUCAAAUCCUUGCUGAUCAAUGUUCUGGAUUCAACCUUCCUUAAGUCACUUUACAGUGGGGAGCGAACAAAACGGUAUGCCCAGGAGAUGAAAACAUCAUUGCACCAUUUUGAUGAGCGACUGGUCCUCCCCCGCCUGGAGAACUUGAAACAGAGGAGUCGCUGGAAAGACCGUUAUAAAGAGCGAGUAGAAUGUUAUCCCAAGCUGCGGAUUGUGAUGACCAGGGUCCAGACCAAGGGAUGUGAAGCUUGCGAGCUUCAUAGAACCGGGCGCUUCACUGUGCAGCUCUCUGGACAGUUGUACCACUCUAACACCUUGCAAGAGGACCAGUUCAUGCCUGAUGACUCACAGAGUUUCUUUGUUGGCUCUGUCUGUGCCAGUCGUACUGAGGUCUACCAUGCCUUGAAGCACUUUAAAUAUCAUCUGUUUGAGAGAUGCCGUACAGCUUUAGAGGCUCAGAAGGAAAAAGAGGAAGAGGGAAAGGAAGGAGAGGAAGACGAGCCAGUUAAGGACACAAUUAACAAGGUGUUUACCAAACUGCAAGAGGAAGGAUGGAUCAGUGAGCAAUACGAGAGGUUUCAGGAACAUCUCAAUUCUGCUGAUUUCUUCCAGGAAGAAAAGCUGGACUGAAAGGAGUGAACCUUUUUCAUGGCAUCGAUUUGCUCUUGUAUAUCUGUGAAUAUUUUUGGUUAUGUCAUAUAAAGCAUGACUAACUUUUGAGUUGCGUUCAUCUUGCAUUUCAAUUUUUACUCAAAUUGCUAGGUAAAUUAUUUCUGCAUGAUUGUCAUUCAGUAGUGAGUUUGCAGUACUCACUAUGCAAACAAUAUUCUGUUGUAAAUGCAUAAAUUGUAACCCAAACUGUAAACACUUAUCUAAACAUCAGUAUUGGAUUGAAAAGUCUCUCUAAAGAGCUGUUUUUACACCUUUCAUAUAUAUACACACGCAUACAUUGUGUUUCUUUAAUUCAAGUAAUAUUUUUUUUGUUCAUAUUACUGAUUCUUUA